AUGUCAGAAAAAUCAAUGUCAUUGGAGGAUAUCAAAAAAGCUGGUAUGUCCUCUUCAUUGGUUGAUUUAUAUGUCGUUCAUUACCAUUUGCUAAUUUCGUUUUCUUCAUGUUUAGAGUUGUUGAUGCAAUAUAUCGGUCGACUGGAAGAUGCGGAUCCAGCUACCAACGAUCUACAGCUGUAUUAUGAUUUGUUGGAACAACAGAAAACACUGUCGUCACUGCCAUCUACAACUACAGAGUUAGUUACAGAUGUAGAACAAAUUAUCGUUUCUACAAACACAGAUCAGCUGAAUAUGCUAGUGUCAGAGAACAUCGAAGCUACUUAUACAUCUAGAUAUCAAAUUGACAACAAUUCAACAACAUCAUCAUCAUCAAAUUCAUCUUCUCAUUCAGAGGAAAAAACUAAAAACAAUAACAAUCAUAACACUGCAACAACUAUAAAUGUUGUCGAAGACAAUACUAAUAAUAAUAAUACUGGAACUACUAUUCCAGACAAACAAUCUUUAUUUGAUUACAAUCUUCCGACUGAGGAUGAAGUAAACGAAAUUCCAAAUGCAUCGUCGCUGAGCGCGAGAAUAUUUUUUUCAUGGCUCUUUGGAUUGUGUAAUAUGAUUGUGCUCAUGUUGUUCAAUCCACUCUAUCCGAUGCAUUUUAUAUGGGGUGUUCUAUGUGUUGGUUGCUGCAUGACCGCUAUCUUUGCUUUGGCAUGGUCCAGUUUGCUCCUAAACUUCAAAGUUACUUUUCUUGUUUUCUUUAGUUCUACGGUCUACUGGAUGGGAACUCCAAUAACCUGGCACAUACUCUAUGUAAAUGGCUAUUUUCCACCGACAGCCGGAAUAUUCACGAUCAUCUUCCCAUUUGAAGUAUUAAAUCUAGUUUUGUUAACAAUGGUUCUUCCAAAGUCAGUUAGAAAACCCAAGGGAGCUACCAAGAGGAUUAUAGCAGCUUAUUGUUCACUCUGGGCACCAUAUCUAACGUUUGUCACUGGAGUUCUCUAUCUUCGUCUGUUCCAAUUCUCCAAUGAAGUUGGUCGUAUUCUCUUGCCACCAGUCUAUACCAUAUUAAUGAAAGCCGUUCAUUUCAGUCUCGAUAUUGUAUGCAUACGUUGCGCUCAGACUGGAUCGAAUUUAUUUAUUAUCUUGGGUAGAGUUUUGCACUCCUACUACUCGUUUGUAGUUAUCAGUUAUGUCAAAGACCCAGUCUCAUUGACCUCAAUUAUUUUCUCAAAGAUUGGAGUGUAUGUACUGACCGGAAUAGCCAUGAGGUUUCCGAUUAUCGAAGAAACCUUUGUUAGCUAUCUUCCAAAGAAUCUGGUGGAGUGGAAACGAAAUUUCGAACGUGGAGUGAUUUUGGACGAUGACGAUAAAUCCGCUGGAACCUCAACACCUGUCAUUAGAAAUGAAUUCGAUAGGAUGUAUGCAGAAUAUGACAACCGAUACAGUAGACUCCAUUCCGAUGCUACCAAUCUUUGGUUCUCUAUGUUUUGUGACUUAAUGGGCAUUAUCUAUGUCUAUACCAUCUUUAUUUUUGGUAGAUUCGGACCAUCGUUCAGACAUUAUAAUCGAAUGUUCCCAUUUGGAAGUGAUAUUGAUCCAUUAUCGCUAGUAUCCACAAAUUAA